GGGCGGGGCCGGGAUCGGGUUUCACAUCCUGCCCCGCUCCUGGGCAGAGCGGGCGGCGCGGCUGAGGGGGCCAUGGCGGAGGGCUCAGACUGGGUGGAGAUCAUCGAGCCCCGCUCCCAGGAGCGGAUGUAUGUCAACCUGACCACUGGCGAGUGUGGCUGGGAGCCCCCUCCCAACCUGAAGGUGCGCCAGUCUGACCAGAAGCAGUGGUGGGAGCUCUUUGACCAGAACAACAACCGCUUCUACUACUACAAUGCCAUCACGCGGCAGACAGUGUGGCACCGUCCCCAGGGCUGCGACAUCGUGCCCUUGGCACAGCUCCAGGCCAUGAAGUGCAGCUCCCAGCCUGACUGCCAUGGCCAGCAGCACCGGGGCAGCAGUGACGGCAGAAGCACCCCCAUCCAGUUGGCCCUCCUGCAGGAGAUGGAGAAGAGCAAGGCGGACUGCGCCGCGGAGAAGAGAAAAGACCCUGGCAGGGAGACUCCUACCCACUGGCAGCCUCUGCCAGGCACUAAAGCAGCCAUGUUGGUCAAAGUGAACAGCUUGAGGCAGAUACAGAGCUCUUCACACAGUUCACUUCAGCUGCAGAGUGCUCCAGAGGCCAACAGUGAAAAAUCUCUUCCAAAACCAGCCGUUUAUGCUCAGCCUCAGUCCAUGUCCCAGAGCCCUGGAGCCACAAAGCAAGCGCCUACAGGAGAAACAAAGCAGUCUAUGCAGAUCAAAAAGACGGAGAAUGGUGGGUUUUGCCUAGUGCUGAUGAAUGGUCCAACUUCUCAAACACCUUCAGGGAACCAGACAGGAACCCCCCACCCUGCAUCCCCCAAGUACGCCUCCCCUGCACCUAUAUACGAUGAGCCAUCUUUAGAGUCUCCAAUUUAUGAUGAGCCACCAGUAGACAUGGACACUGAAAGCAUCAGUAUGAGUGGGGUGUCUCCAACAAGGUCGCCAAGCAAUAGCUUAAAAAAGCAGCCCCAACCAACCAAAUUAUUACAGCAUCCAGGUAUGCAACAGCAGCAAGCUACGAAGAAGUAUGCAAGAAAUCCUUCCUCCACUGAAUACAGCCCAGCUGGCAGAGAAUAUAUAAAACACAUGGUCAACGUUGACCAGUCUUCCAAACUCUCCCACUCUUCUGCUGCAACAGCUGAUGCCUCUACUAAACUUCCUGGUCAGCUUACUUCAAAGGACAGCUUCAAGCAGUCUUGGAGGAUCUUGGAAGCCAAUGUCCUCAAGAACAUGGAAGCCCACCACAGUCGGCAGAACAGCCUGCAAACUCAAGAAUACCCAACUGGUAUAAGCCAUCAGGAUUCCGGUUAUUCAACAGGCCCUUCUCCAAGCUUGAGAAAAAGGAAAGGAAGGAGGCAAGGGACAGGUCAAGGAAGACCUGGCUCUGUGGGCAGCAGCAGCGAGCUUACGGCUUUGAAUGAUAAGCUGAUUGCCGAGAUGCGUGCUGUGGUGGGCAGGUCAGCAGCUUGCAGGGGAAGCAAAGCCAGCCUCGAUGCUGAAAGUCUCGAGAGUGGCAUCCAGGCAGAGAGCAGCAAAGUCAGAUUUCGGUCCGACCACUUGAAAAAAUGCAUCAGCCGGGGCUCAGGGGAUGAUGUCUCGGCUAGUAAUAGGUCCCUGUAUAGACAGAGCCUGGAGAGCAGGGGCAGCCUUCCCAGCGAUGUGAUUGCUCCACAGGACACUGUGAGGCAGAAGAGGACUUUUGAGAAAAUAGAUUCUUUAGAAAAGAAUGUGACCAGCCAGACAAGUUUGGCUUCGUCAGGUGCUACAUGCCGCUCCUCACAGCCUGGGCCGACAGAGUUGGACCCCAAGCAGGAAAGCAGUGACCAGCCUGGCAGCUGCAUAGGAUAUAAUUUCCCCUACAAUACUCUACGGAAGCCCAUCUCUCAGAGCAGCAUGGCAGACUGGGCUUCUAAAAACCUGAACAUGCACACUCAAGGCAUCUUCCGCCGAAGGAUCUCCAUCUCCAACAUGCUGUCCUGGAAUGGCGGCUCUAUCAAGAAGCCAAUGCUCAUCACUAGCAACCGCACUAUCAAAAAAGAGGCGUGUGAGAUGUUCAAACUAGUGCAGAGCUACAUGGGAGAUCGUCAGACUCGCAUGGACCGGAACCAUGUGGCGUUGGUCACGGUCACCAAGUGCUGGAGCAUGCAAGGUUUACGGGAUGAGCUCUACAUACAACUGAUCCGGCAGACAACAGAUAAUACGUGCUACCGAAGUCUGGCAUGGGGCUGGGAACUGAUGGCCAUCAGCCUGGCCUUUUUCUCCCCAUCACCCAAGUUUCAGUCUUACCUGGAAGGUUACAUUUAUCGCCACCUUGACAGUGAUGAAAACAUUGCCCAGCACAUCAAGGAGCUUGUGGAUCUGAAAAACAAGAAGAACUCAAAAACCAGGAAAAAGAGGAAACAAAACACUGAGGAUGAAGGUCUGCCCAUCAGCACCUAUGCCAAAUACUGCUACCGGAAACUCCAGAAGGUGGCUGUCACCGGAGGCAAAAAGGGCCUCCGUAAACCAACAGUGGAAGAGAUAGCACAUGCCAGGAACGCCAUCAUGACGCCGUCGCUCUUCGGCAGCUCUCUGGAGGAAAUCAUGCUGCGGCAGCAGGACAUGUACCCGGGUAACAAGCUGCCCUGGGUGCAGACACAACUAUCGCAGCAGGUCCUGGCUCUGGGAGGAGAACAGACAGAGGGGAUUUUCAGGAUACCUGGUGACAUAGAUGAAGUCAAUGCAUUGAAGUUGCAGGUGGAUCAGUGGAGAAUCCCAAGAGGCCUCAGUGACCCCAACAUCCCAGCCUCUCUUCUCAAGCUGUGGUAUCGGGAGCUGGAGGAGCCCGUGAUCCCCCAGCAGUUCUACAAAGAGUGUAUCAGCAACUACGAGAACCCCGAUGCUGCCGUGGCCGUGGUGCAGCUUUUGCCAGAGCUCAACAGGCUGGUGCUGUGUUACCUCAUACACUUCCUGCAGAUCUUUGCUCAGCCAUCAAAUGUGGGCAGAACAAAGAUGGAUGUGAAUAACCUGGCCAUGGUGAUGGCCCCCAACUGCCUGCGCUGCCAGUCUGACGACCCUCGUGUUAUCUUUGAGAACACGCGCAAAGAAAUGUCCUUUCUUCGCAUGCUGAUAGUGCACUUGGACACGAGCUUCAUCAAAGGGAUGGUUUGAGCCACUGGCCCUGGGGUCCAAGACGUUGUUCUGGGGAGUCUCUGGGUGCCUGAAGUCUUCUCCCCUCUACUUAGGCUUCUUCCCUUGCCCUUGCUGUUGUUGCACCCUGAGCACCUCCCAGCAUACAACCUUGAGGACAAGGACUAGGCACUCCUGGAAGGCUCAGGCUAUUCAGCACCAGAAAGUCCUUGGGCAUGCCAGGCCAGAUUCCAUGGUUCCUGGCCUUGUGUGUUAGAGGGGUGCAGCCCUCCUCCCUGGAGCCACAGGACUCGUUGCUUAUUGAAAGGGCUGUGACAUCUGUGAGGAGCUGCUACCUGGGGCAGUGAGACUCUCCAUCUGCCUCCUGGAGGCAGAGUUGACUUCAGGGAGGAUGUCACUCCUGCGGGGUAGCAUGACCUGGUCCUGGGGAGAUGCUGCAUCAUUGGGGAUAAUUCCACUGCUAUGGAGCCAGCCUGGUUCACCUCUGUUUGACUGCUGGUUGGAGGCGUGAGGGUUGUUCUGAUGCCUCACAAUGCUGCUGGUAGAGGGAUGUGGAGGUGCAGGGGGUUUGCUGAGGCAGAGGGGUUCCUUGGACUGCCCUGGUCAGUGGAAGCGCAUUGCAGCCCAGGGAGAGGAGGUGUUUGAGCCUCUGCUGCUGGUGGCUAGAUAGGCAGACUUCACAGAGCUGGGAGCCCUAGCAGGCUGGGUCCGCGCAGUGUCCACCUCACCUCCUUUAGGCAGCUUCAGAGCUGCACAGCAGCAUGUGGUCAGCAUGUGGGACCAACCCUGUGCUGAGCUAAACCAGCACCCACCUGUGCCACGGGGGCUGGGGGUGAGGGAGGGCCACAAACCUGACAAUGAACAGAUGAACAACCCCUUUGGUAUCCUCCUAACAAGGGCCGUAUCGUCUGGAAGGGUAACCCCAGCAGCCUUGCAGCUCCUCUGCUACAAGCAGUGUGAACUGACACCAGCUUUCCAUCUGAAAUGGUGCUCAGAGCAGCCUCCACGGCUCCGGCACCCCCUGCUUCCUGGCACCAGUUCCUUCCCAGACCACUCUGCUGGGGACUGAAUACCAGUUUUGCCCACCCUCCUGGUACAGCCUAGGUCUAAAGAAAGCAGGGAAGGCCCCCAACAGUAAGAAGUGCUCCUGUGCUCAGAUGUGCCCUUCCAGGAAGAGCAGCAGCAUUGCCAUAUGCUCAUGAAAUGCUGAUACUGCGUGAAGUCAACUGUGGCACCUGUGGUCUUCUCACAUUCCCACGGGAGUUGCAGAUGGGUUGGGAAGGGAAGGGGAAGGAAGGGAAGAGCAGCUGAGGUGUGGGGGAGCCUGUGUAGGAGUGGUGUCAGGUGGGCAGCUCCGUGUUCUCACUGCUGCUGUUAAACCCCUGCAGCACAGCAAGGACAGUGUCUUCCAGAGGCAGCUCAUGGAUUUCCCCCCAGCCUCCAGAUACUGUUGCACGUUCCUUAGCAAGCACCAAUUUCUAAUUCUGUGGCAUCCUGGUGUUACAGUUCUCUUCCUUUGAAGUGUUUUUCCUGCUAGAGGCAGGCCUGCUGCAAAAAGCUGCAGUGCUAAGUCUGCUGGUACUAUCCAAGGUUGCAUUUGCGUUUCUGCAUCUUCCUCCCUUUCAAGUGGGGACCUGGGAUCCUCCUCUCCUGAUUGCAGUGGGGAGCUGAGCCCUGCCAGCAGUGAGAUUUAAAGCUGAUGUCUAAAUCUGUACCUAAAGUUUGAGCAUAAGGUGCCACGUGCAGAGAGUGCCCCGAGCCUGCUGGUUACUUGGAUCUCUGGAUGUGCGUAAAUGGGGUUUCCAGGGCACACGUUUGCUCGGAUGAACUCCACAGCAGGCAUUCAGUUUGUGCCUAGCUGAACGAGGGUUGUGGUUCCUCACCUUGUACCAGGUGCUACUGUGGGCCAGGAAACCUUGCUCCUGUGUCAGGAUUAGCUCUGUCAAACAUGCCCCCAAAAAUGUGCCAGGAUCUGCUUCACACACCCGUCCCAUCCCAUCCUAUCACAUCUCAUCCCAUCCCAUCUCAUCUCAUCCCAGUGCUUUGAAUCCGUUCAGCUCCAUUCUGAAGCGCUGAACAACUUGUACUUCAGAUGUGGGGCUGCUUUCCCAGAAAUGUGGACAGUCAGUGGGUUACCAGCUCUGCCAUAUUGUACGGAAUUUUGAGUCGUUGAACAGGCUCAGGGUGCCACGUCCUCCCCUGCCAUGGGCUGGAGCAGCCAUGUGAUGCCUGCCCCCCUCUUUGGGCUGCAGAUGCAUAUGCCUGUGACAGGCUUCACCUGCAGCCAGCCACCACAUAGGUGAUCCGUGUUACUCCUUGCACUUAGCUGUAGCAGGCAAUCAAACCAUAGGCAUUUGCUGCUAUUACAAAUGAAUGCUUCUUGCCAGGGCUGUAAAAUAGGCUGAUAAAUGACACUGGAUAUUAUUUUCUUUGCCAACAGAUUUGUAAAUACGAAUCAGUAAAGCGGCCUCUCCUCUAUUAAAAUAAUAAAUACAA